AUGACCGAGCACCCGGACGCAUCGAGCCGUCGGCGUCGAGCCUCGCUAUCCGAUAUCACCCAGGCAAAGCGCCCCCGGAUUAACACGCCUCUGGUAUCCUCCGGAUGGCCUGGAGUUUCCGAAGAUCGGCCUGCGCAGGAUCAUACACCCAACGACGCCUACCGGCGACAAGCAUUGGCCGAAUUGGAGCAGGCUACGCCGUUGCCAGGCUCGCACGGCGAGGAGACAAACCAUCUUCUUCGCAAACUGCUAGUCAAGGUGCAGCACCCGAAUAGGGAGAGCAGCCGUGGAGCAGUCGAAGCCUUGUUCUGCACCGGCGAUAAAGCAGCACGGCAAUAA